AUGCAGGAGCCUGCGGAAUGCAAACAAACGAAUUCUGGACGAGAGUACUUAGGGUUGAAGAAUGUGACACUGACGGGGAAGAAGUGCCAGCCCUGGCUGAGCCAAACGCCAAACCAACAUUUGACCAUCCUCCACCUACCGGUAUUCCCAGAUUCUGGCAUGGACAGUCGUCACAACUACUGUCGAAACCCCGACCUCGAUAAGGAGGGACCUUGGUGUUACAACGGAGAGGGUACCAAUCCUGCAUGGGAAUAUUGCGACAUUGAGUUUUGCGAGGGGAUGAAUUGA